GUUUCUAUUUACAUUUUCAAUUUCCAUUCACUCUAUUUAUUUUUACCUAUUCUUUAUUACCAAACUGACGUUAGUGGCCAAAACCCCUCUUGCGAAGAUAGGCAAGGAAGUAAGGAAGCGUACGUAAUUCCACUCACACUCGGUUUAGCGAAGCGAGGAAAGCCCCAAUUUGCUUCAUUAUCAGCAAAACGAAAUAGUGCAAUGGGUGCAGUUUACUUUUCUCAAUCAUGUUACAAACCUAGGCAAAUUUUCAAUUUGGAGAGAGAAAGCACUUUGGUGGGAAGAUGUCCUGUUGUUCAGAUUAGAUGCCGGAGGGUUGUGAGUGCGUGUCUUAACGUGGAUGUUGAUGCACCUAAUACAGGGAAUACAACAUCGGAGAAGAAGAAAACUAAGGAUGUGAUCGAGAUGGAAGGGAUGUAUUUGGUUGGGACAUAUGCAAGAACACCAGUGGUACUUGAGAGGGGGGAAGGUUGUAAGUUGUAUGAUGUUGAAGGGAAUGAAUAUUUAGAUUUGAGUGCUGGGAUUGCUGUCAAUGCACUAGGCCAUGGGGAUGCAGACUGGUUGAAAGCUGUUGUUGAGCAAGCCGGCACCCUUACUCAUACCAGCAAUAUAUUCCACACAAUUCCUCAGGUAGAACUUGCAAAGCGUCUUGUGGCUUCUUCUUUUGCUGAUCGUGUAUUCUUUGCAAAUUCUGGAACUGAGGCAAAUGAAGCAGCUAUCAAAUUUGCAAGAAAGUAUCAGAGGCACACAACUUCUAACGGGAAAGUUCCAGCAACAGAGUUCAUAGCUUUUAGUAACUGCUUCCAUGGAAGAACCCUGGGUGCACUUGCUUUGACUAGUAAAGUGCAAUACAGAAUGCCUUUUGAACCUGUUAUGCCUGGAGUGACCUUUUUAGAGUAUGGAAAUGCUCAGGCUGCAGUUGAAUUAAUUAAGCAGGGCAAGAUUGCUGCAGUUUUUGUUGAGCCCAUCCAAGGAGAAGGUGGAAUUUACAGUGCUACAAAAGAAUUUCUACAGUCUCUACGUAAUGCUUGUGAUGAAACUGGGGCACUUCUUGUGUUUGAUGAGGUUCAAUGUGGUUUAGGUAGAUCAGGGUUUCUCUGGGCCCAUGAGGCAUAUGGUGUCUUCCCGGAUAUGAUGACCCUUGCGAAGCCUCUUGCUGGAGGCCUACCUAUUGGAGCACUCUUAGUGACUGAGAGAGUUGCUUCUGCUAUAAAUUAUGGUGAUCAUGGAAGCACUUUUGCUGGAAGCCCUCUAGUUUGUAGUGCUGCUCUUGCUGUUUUGGAUAAAAUAUCAAAACCUGAUUUCCUGUCAUCUGUAUCUAAGAAAGGCCUCUACUUCAAAGAACUACUUAGGGAAAAGUUAGGAGAAAACCGGCAUGUGAAAGAAAUUCGUGGUGUUGGGCUAAUCAUAGGAAUAGAUUUAGAUGUACCUGCAUCACCCCUCGUAGAUGCAUGCCGGAGUUCUGGCCUCCUAGUGUUAACUGCUGGAAAAGGAAAUGUUGUCAGGCUAGUCCCGCCAUUGAUCAUAACAGAGAAGGAGCUAGAGCAAGCGGCUGGCAUUUUGUGCCAAACUUUACCAGUUCUUGAUAACUAGGAGUGUAGGAGAAAGAGUAUUGGCCUUACUUUGCUAGCGAAAUAGAACAUAUUUGGUGGUGUAUUGUUGAGUAGCUGAGUCACAGAUGGUGUUGCCUAACUUACCAGAUUCUGUGGAUAAAAUAAGGCUUCUAAUAAUAUAGCAGCUAAGGAAUCAUCAAUAUCAUCACCUAAGUCACAUGAAUUCCCAGUAGGGUUAUAUAUUAUAUUGAACUUGUGUCUUACCC